UUGUCUAGGACAAGUUGGACGCAGUACGACAAAUUGGUAGACCUUUCUAGAACAAGUCUCGUAGAGACUGCACCAACACCGCAAUAAUGGGGGAAGAAACCGGCAAUGUGACACAAAACAAAGUACGAGCCAAAACAACGAGACCAAAGGCCGUUCACCAGUGGACUGUCGGCGACGUACAGAAAUGGUACGACCGACACUGCGGGGAAUAUACUAAAUACGUAGGACUGUUUGCGGAGCAUGACAUUACCGGUCGAGCUCUGCUCCGCAUCACAGACUCAACCCUCCAGCGAAUGGGCAUCACGGACAAUCGAGAUCGCGAGGCCAUUUGGCGUGAGAUUGUGAAGCAGCGGCUCAAGACGGAUAUUAUGGAAAUCCGUGAUAUGGAACGUCUCAAUAUGCACUAGAUGUGGUCAUAUGAGCUGGCCAUGGACACAAUUACUCAGGAAUGUGAAAUUAUGAUAUUAGCAAAGAAAAUCAUAGCAAGUGAUCAUUCGUAGUAUUAUAACGUAGUAAGCUAAAUAUAAGAAACUAUCAUAAUACAUUAUACAAGAAAGUCGUCUUAGCUGCUCAAAUGUUAA